GUUUAAACAUCUUGCAUUCAUAUAACAAAUUUAAGGAUUUCUACUAAAUUUCUUUUAAACAUGAAAUAUCAAUUGAUAGUAUUGGCCUGUUUAAUUGCUGUGGUUUUGUCAGCUCCUCAGCAUUCGGCUUCUCAGAAUCCUGCUCCUCAGCAGGAUGAUACCCAUGCCGAAACUUUACGCUUGGAAACAGAAAAUAAUGGUGUUGAUAAAUACAAUUUUGCUUAUGAAACCAGCAAUGGCAUUGUUCGCUCUGAGGAAGGAGAACUGAAGACUACGGAGGAUGGUGCUGCUAUUAUUGUUCAUGGCACCACUUCUUGGACUGCUCCAGAUGGCAAGAGAUACGAAAUGACUUUUACUGCCGAUGAAUUGGGUUAUCAUCCCACUUUCAAACUAGUCGCUUAAUUUUGUUUGUUUGAUAUUUUUUGUUAAAAUCAAUUUAAUUUUUUAGUAGCCUACAGUUGUGUUCAAUUUGUUAAUAGUUUAUUUUUGUUUAAAUAGUUUGUUUUCUUAUUAAUU